AUGGUAUCCCUCAAGUGCCUCUCCGCCAUUGCCCUCCUCGCAAUUGCUUCAGCUCAGUCGACAAACAACACAACCCCGAUCCGCUACAUGCCCUUUGGCGACAGCAUAACGGAAAUAGUCUGCUGGCGAUCAAAAUUGUGGCAGCGGCUCCGGACCACUGAGUGGGCAAACGUCAACUUUGUUGGCAGUGGCAAGACGGAGAACAAUUGCCGCGACACGACCUAUGACCGCGACAACGAAGGACACUCUGGUCACUAUGCCCAUACACGAAAUGCAUUGGAGAAACAAACUGACUCGGUAAAACGAACUGUAGGCUUCCUGGCCAUCGAUAUCGCGAAUAAGAACCAGCUUGACGGAUGGCUGAAGACGAACCCCGCAGAUAUCAUCACCAUGCACCUGGGCACAAACGAUAUCGUGCAGCAGAACAAAGCGGUGACAGACAUCAUCGCUGCGUUCACCAAACUCAUUGGCACUAUGCGGACGUCGAAUCCCAAAAUGAAGAUCAUCGUACGUCUCUCUUACCCAGCAUGUGCCUAUGCCACAGUGUCAGAUACACACCUGCUUACCUUGGCGUCUCAGGUUGCCCAAAUCAUCCCCCUAGGCAUCGGGAACUACAACGGCAAGGUCCAGGAACUGAACCGCGCGAUCGUGCCCUGGGCACAAGGUCUUAAUACGACGCAGAGCCCCAUCUGGGUUGUAGACCAGUAUACGGGGUUUAGUGGGAGUGCGGAUCUGAGGGACGGAGUACAUCCAAAUGAUAGCGGCGAUGUCAAAAUGGCGAACGUGUGGUAUCCUGCGGUUGUGAGGGCUUUUGAGGCUGCGAGAACCGACAGGGUUGUCGUUGGCAAGGAACGUCAGCACAAAGGCAUAUCCGCCAUGGGAGAAUCAAGACAAGAACUCGUGGCCUGGUUGAACAACCUCCUCCAGCUCAACAUCACCAAAGUCGAACAAUGCGGUACCGGAGCAGCACUGUGCCAGGUCUUCGACAGCAUAUUCUACGAUGUGCCCAUGUCGCGAGUCAAAUUCAAUGCCAACACUGAGUAUGCAUACCUGCAGAACUUCAAGGUAUUACAGAACACGUUCGCCAAGCACCAGAUCGACAAGCCCAUCCGCGUCGAGUCGCUCGUAAAAUGCAAGAUGCAGGACAACCUCGAGUUCCUCCAAUUCGUCAAGCAGUACUGGGACCAGCACUUCCCAGGCCACGAAUACGACCCCGUUGCCCGCCGCAAGGGCCAGGGCGGCGUCGCCACGGGAGCCGCACCCCGCGCCGCUGCCUCGACCGCCCGACGAGCACCCGCUGCCUCCAACACGGCCGCACCGCGUACCCGCACACCCCUGGCGUCCGGCGGAGGAGCCGCGAGCGCCGCUCUGCGCGAGGAAAACACGGCGCUCAAGGAGACGGUGACGGGCCUGGAGCGCGAGCGCGACUUUUACUUUAGCAAGCUGCGCGACAUUGAGCUGCUGAUUCAGCAAGCCAUGGAAGCGGAUCCAGAGCUUGAAAAGGACGAGGGCUUGCUCAAGCAGAUUCAAAACAUACUCUACUCUACUGAGGAGGGCUUCGAGAUCCCGCCCGAGGCCGAGGGCGCCGAGGAGGAGACGUUUUAG